ACCUACGUAGACCGCGGGGUGACGAGAUGAAAACACACACACACACACAUACACACAACAGUGUUAUAGUCAGACCUGGAGACCAUUUUCACAAGCUACUCCCACUCGAGUGAGGGGGAGAAACGGAAUGGAAACUAGCGCAGAGAUAUAGAGUGAAGGAAAGCCGAGGGUUGGGAGAGGAGGCGGUGGGUGAUGCUGCACGAUGACAAGCCAGUUCCGGUUGCUACAGUAACACCUGUUUGAAGGACCAUCAAAACAAGCCUCUUCAAAUGUGAAUAGUAAGUCUCAUGUUACACUGUUGCUUCCUAAAUGUUCUUAUAUCCACAGCCUAGUGAUGAUGUAGGGGAUGCUUCAGCGUCUAUCUCGCCUGGUUCGCCGAUCAGCAGUAAAGGACGGUGCUUCUUUUCAUUAUGCAAAAUCGACACAAACGUCUGCUGUGCCCAGGCUAAAAACUGUUUCUCUCGUGUGAAUUGUAGCAGGAAACAUAAUUUUAGUAAAUCCAGAACCUGUAGCACAACAAAUUGUUUAUCUGUAUUAAUCCAUAGUAUAGAUUCUGAUUUGUAAUCGAUUAAGUAAAGCACAACGCGUAACAGCUAGGGGGAAUAAUAAAAUAAAAUAAUAUAGUAGAAGUAAUUUUCCUUAAAUUAUGGAAAUGUGCUGGAAUGCCCCCUGAAUGGAGACGGGAUGAAGAUAACGGAGAUACGGAUGAAAAUGUAAUUAGUUAGGUGAUAAAGAGAAAAUGAAUCAUUGAUUUGUCAGACACAUUGAUUUGUCAGCUGCAUGCCUUACUGUGAUUUAACAUGUUGCAGUCAUGCAGGACUCUUGGCUUCACUUCGGCUACAUUCUUCCACUUGGGCUCAUUUUAAAUAAAUUACGAGCAGGAUACAAGGCUUCGAGCCCUCAUGAUGUUUAGGGCUACAAAACAGCAAUACACUGGAGAUGACAGAGAAGGAAAGAAUGUGACGAGAGCUUUCAGAAAGCAUUGACUCAUCUGCCUCAGCUAUGCAGAAGGAGAUCCAACAUUCAAGGAAUCAAUUUGGCCGCCUGUCAUUUACCCAGCUUGGGAUGCUGGUUUUAAAAUGAGACACUUCAUCCCUUCCCUCAGCGAAGGCGUCGGAAAUUUUGACCAGGUAGAUUCAAGUCCCUACACUUAAGCAAUAUUAAAUAUUUACAGCUCAGGGUUUACAAGCAACUGCACAGAGUUAUGUAUGAAUAUACACAAACUAUCUUUCCUGUAAUAUAGCCCCUCCCCCUUUCAGCAUCACUACGCUAUAUAUUUACCCCGUACUGAUUGUAUAGCUUGCCUUGUUUGCACCUAAGUGCAAGUGCCCCCUAAUACAAAGGGUGUGAAAUUUCAUUUGUCAUUUCUAAUAGAGAAUGAUCAAACUGAGGUGGCAGUCCCUCAGGGCUAUCUGAGCAACCAUUAUUUCCUUUACAUAACUGCCAGUGAAACAAUGGAGUAUGCAGCUGAAAAUGCAUACAGUGAGGGGAAAGGAGAAAAUAGUCCUGCAAUGAGUAGGGAUACAUUAAUCAUGACAGCACUUUCAAAAGACAACCACUCUUACUUCAGCUCAGAUAAGGAAGCGGAAAGAGAGAAUGUAACCAGCGCAGGCUGACAGGGCUUUUGCCAGGGAGGCUUGUUUUUACUGUAGGAAUGGCUCGUCCUACGCUUCAUGAACAGCCCAAGGCAUUGAUGGGAACCAAAGAAACUACUGAUGUGCUUUGAGAAUCAGAUAUGAAUUGAUAUUCAUGGAAACUCUCUCCAGCCUAUAUGAGACUAGAGGCUUCGAAGGUGUCUGGCUGAAGACACAAGGCAUAAAGGGUAAGCAAGUUAGGAGGGCUAAAUGAACAGUGGCCCUAUGUUUGAGCACUUUGCGAAUGCAAUAUCAGUGAAAAGCAUUCCUAUUUUAUUGAACAGUAAAGUCAGAAGAAAAAGCCCAGAGGCAAUAAAUCAAGGUAGUGAGGAAACCCAUGCACUUCCCUCUUGCACAGCAGAGAGUAAUUUCCAUUUAUUAUCAUGAAUUUAAACUGCCAUUUCUGUAGCAGUGGCGUUAAGACCAUUUUGACAUCUGCAUUACAGGCAAACAGCUACAGCAGGGUAUAAUGAAAUGUUUCCAUCAGCAACUGUGAAUAACAAAUGGAUCUCAUCCUAAACAAUAAAAAGCACACGGGCAAAUAGAGAGAAAAACCCACCCCCACCCCAUACCUCAAGAAAUGACAAUUUCGAUGUUCAUCUCAGGCCUUUGCGCAAUAGCUAGAGGUGAUAAAAUCAAGGCACCAUGCAUAUAAUUGCUUUCCGUGCCUUCACACGUCAGUUCCCAACACACACGUUCCCUCUGUACAUGUUAGCAGUACCACUUACACACGGUUUACACAUUUUCAUUAUUUAUUUUACAGCACAAUCCCAACAGCAACAAAGUGAGGACACACAAACCAGCAUUUUAAACCCUGCUAGUGCCUAAAUGCAUUAAAAUGAAGAUCAUCACCACUAAAUACAAGAGUAUACGACUACACCUUCAGCUUGACCGGUGUAAAGGUACUGAUUUUGACUUACAGCUUCAAUAUUGAUCAUUUUUAGUUUUUACAGACAGACAGACACAUUCAGGUUUGUCCUUCUUUGCCCUCUUUGUCAUUUCUAAAGCAAUGCCAUAUAGCCACUCCCACCCUGCAGCGAGGAGAGGACGGAUGGAGGACGGCAGGGGUGGGGGGUGUAGGGGUUUAUAGGGGCAGCAGCUGUCAGUUCAUCCUCCUGCAGAGUCAAUGUUCCUGCUCAGUGGCUAGUCAUAUUAUGAUUAGGGUGAUGGCCAUGUCAUUGCCACUUUAGUGAAACUCCUUUAAAAGCAGGUGAAAGGGCCAGCCCUUAGUCCACCAUCCAAUGAGACCACUACCCAUGUGCAUGUGCUCUGAGAAACAACAACAACAACAAAAAACAUACUUAUAAAUAUUACACAGACAUACAUAUAUACAAACAUACAUGCAUGUGUGUGUGUGUGUAUGAAUGCAUACAACUAUUGUCUAAAUAUCUGCCUCUGCAAAAAUGACUUAAUGCUUCUCUAAUAAAUGUAUUUGCAUUUCAUGAUGUUUCAAAACAUUUUAGGGAUAUCUCGUUAAUUUUUUUUUAUUUUUAACUGGAAAACAAAGAUGCUUUUUCCCCCCCGUUAAAUUUAUAUAUUUCAAAUCCAAAAAAUUCACACUAUGCAGCUUAUAUCAGCUUAUAAAUAGCACUCAUAUAUAAGAAUUAGAUAUUCAAAUGUAAUGUGUUAAACAUUUACUUCUCUGAGAGAAAAAUCGGGAUUCAUGAAAGCAACCAAAAUCGACGUUAAAUCGAAUCAAAAAGCUUUGGACAUUAGAACAUAGACGGCUCUUAAAUCUGCUGUGAGAGGAUAUGGAGAAAACAACAGAGACUUUCAUGCGCGUGAAGUUGAGAGAUCGCUGCUGCGUGACGUAGACCAUCAUUCGUGCGGCUUUGAAAACAGCAUCGUCGCUCCAUCUCUGAUGUCCUCUAAUAUACCGCUACUGCUGAAGACACGGAUGACAUGAACGGAUCGCCAGCGUCACGACUAAUGCCGUUUAUACUCUGUUUUUGUAUUUAGCAGUGUGUGUACGUCUCUCUGUGUGUGUGUGUGCUCGGAAACCUGACGCGUCUCUGCACCAGCCGAGGCAGGCGGCGGUGCUGAGGAGUCUCUGCUGUCGCAGUUGCAGCCGAAGGAGAGGGGACUAGGCAAGCUGGUGUGAAUGUUGGCCGAGUUAAGGAACGUGGCAGGAUGGCGUCCACGGGCACGCAGAUCUUCGCCUUCGUGCUGGCAUUGCUAGGCAUCCUAGGUGCCACGGUGGCCACGUUACUGCCUAACUGGAAGGUGAGCGCGGAUGUUGGCUCCAACAUCAUCACUGCCAUCUCACAGAUGCAGGGGCUGUGGAUGGACUGCACCUGGUACAGCACUGGCAUGUUUAGCUGUACCCUAAAAUACUCUGUGCUGGCGCUGCCCGCAUACCUCCAGACGGCACGCACCACCAUGGUGCUCUCCUGUGUGCUGGCAGCGCUGGGAUUGUGUUUGGCCUCCGUGGGUUUAAAGUGCACUCGCUGGGGUGGGGGACGGCGUGCUAAACGUCACGCUGCCAUGGCCGCCGGCACCUGCUUUCUGGCCUCUGGCUUUCUCUGCCUUGUUCCUGCCUCCUGGUACACAAAUGAGGUUAUUGUCAGUUUCCUGGAUGCCAACGUGCCAGAAAGCAACAAGUUCGAGCCAGGCGGUGCCGUCUACGUAGCGUUCAUCUCAUCUGGUUUCCUUUUCGUGGGUGGAUCCAUUUUCUGUCUGUCCUGCCCGGGGAAGCGACACGGCCACCAGGAUUUGGUACUUCUCCCUCCGGACAAACUCCUCCUGCAGCAGCAGCAGCAACUGCUGCAACAACAGCAGCAGCAGGACCAGCUCCAGCACCAGUACUGCUCUCUCUCCCCGCUGGACAACAAGACUGGCUACAGCCUGCAGGACUAUGUAUAGGGGACCGGUAGUUCUGGAGAAAGACAAGUGCGAUGCACUGCCACUCGACCUCUUGGCUCUCGUGAUUACAACAUGAAAGGGAGAGAGGUACCACAACUUUAAAGAAUUUCCCUUGUCGUUUUCGUCUCUCCCCUUUUUAAGAUCAGCAAGCACAAAACAGUGGAAGUAUUCUCUCAAGCGAAGUCUACGAACAGACGGAUGGUGAAUACUGAAGGACGAGUGGCAGCAACGCUGCAGUAGUGACAGCUAAAGCAGUGUGCAAGACAGACGAUAAAUAAAUGCACAUAUCCAGCAUCCUAGUAAAUCGUAUUAAAGUGUUCCUCUGGGAACAGAUUAGCAACAAGGGAAUGUUUCUGCUACUUCAAAUCCCACCCCCCCUUCCCAAAGAUCUGAACUCUGAAGCAAUCGUUUAGCUGCUAACAAUCGUUUGGUAACCUCUGAUAAAAUAAGAUGGCAAUAUGUCUCAAAGAGGCAACAGCAUGGGAGAGCCCUUGUUUGGGAGAUUCUUUGCUUUUCUUUCUAUUUGAGUAAUUUGUGUUAAUGAAAUAAUUAUUUUGGUAGCUGAUAGGAUGAUUGAUAUUCUGCCUAAGCAUGCUUUCUGGAGCCUGUGCAUAAUGCAGUGGAAUGCCUGAUGUAGACUGAAUUGUAGCCAUAUAGCCUGUGCCUAAAGAGCUGUAGUACAUAAACCGCUGAAACUGUUUGGAGAGAAGUAGGAGGAGAGAGUGAAUAGGGGUUGCUGGGUCAGAUAUGGCUGAGAGGAGACUGCCCCUUCUUGCGUCAAAUGGAAGAUGUAAUGUUGUGCUGAUCAACACUUUCACAUUUUGCCCCAGACAAAAGCACGCUGCCUUGAGCUCAGGCCAUGCUGUUUGCCGCUCUAUCACGCACACACUCAUUGUGCUGCAUGUGUGCUUUUUACUCAUGCUGCUACUCUCACUGCCAUGGAAACGGGAUUCUACACCCAAAUACUUGUAUUGUCUAGGGUCAUGUUUCUCUGCACACUAGGAUAGUGGACCUGUCUGUGACAAGCUGGAGGCUGUAAUAAAUCACUCCAGCCAACAGCAGAGGAUCGGUGUCUAGAGACAACGUCUCUGCAACAACCCUUCUCUCAGAUGGGAGGGUCCGUACCCUGCUGACCACCUCCGAGCUUGAGAAUAUGAUCAGCAGACAAUGUAAGUGCAGCAGAUUUGUUUAACAGACAUAACAUCAACAAAGAUAAGAUUGAGUUUCAGUAACUGGCAGUUUUUAUGGAAGCAUGUGGAACCUGAUAAGGUUGCAAGUGGCUUGGGUCCAUUCUCACAGGAAGUAGAUCUCUGCCAAAUGAUUUUACUUUUUUGCUAAAUUUUAAUAAGCAAUCACAUUCGUCUAAAAAUGCAUCAGCUGUGACAUCUGCUGAAAGAUUGUCACCUACAAGGGGCUCUUUUCGUCAUCUUACAGGAAUAUUGCCGGUUACUCAUGGCCAUCAUCUGUGGCAUGCUGUCGAUUAUGAGAAAAAACAUUUUGUCAUAAUUUACUCACCCUCACUCACCCUCCUGAGUUUGAACAGAAUUUGGAACCUGUAUUAAGUCAGGAACUGUUUGGAUACCAAAAUUCUUUAAAAGAACUUCUUUUGCAAUUCAAAAAGUACACACAAGUUUGGAACCUUAAAGGGGUCAUAUGACGUCACUAAAAAAAACAUUAUUUUGUGUACUUGGUGUGUGUUGCAAUGUUUAUGUGGUUCAAAAGCACAUUAUUUUCCAUAUUAGUGUUGCUCCUCUUUCCGAAACGAGUAGAUUUUUACAAAGCUCAUCAUUCUGAAAAGCGUGCUGUGCUCUGAUUGGUCAGCUGUCUAGUGCAUUGUGAUUGGCCGAAUUCCUCAAGCGUGUUAGAAAUUUUCCGCCCCUUACCAGGUUCAAGAAACUUUCAUGCAUAAAAUGUGCUGCAUACACUCGAAUAUUUGGGUUAUACUGUUCUGGAAUAGUGUUGUAAAUAAAACUUAACUACUGAUACGGUCCUCUUUUGGAAGACCAAACAAAGUAGUUUGGCUUUUGCAACAAAGUAGCGUCUCCAUGACACGGCGGCGGUGGCAACAAAACUACAGCGGGUAUAUAAGUUUUGCCUUCUUUCUUUGCGUAUACAUUUGGAUAGUAUGAUGCAAAUCUUCCUACACAGUGAUGUAGAUAUGUGGGGGCUUGUCUGAACUAGGCGUUUUUUGGAAGGUGUGGCUGAGCAUUCACUAUUAUAAAGAAUAUCUCUUUGGGUUUGAGACUUUAAUCUUUGUGACUUUACGAAUCUUCUGUACGCACAAACAGCUUUUAAAUCUCCAAAGACGGAGGAAAACAUGAAAUCACAUCAUAUGACCCCUUUAAAUUAUGAAAAAAAAAAAAGAGUUCAUUUUUGGGUGAACAAUCCCUUUAAAUGCAUUUCCAUUUUACUUGCUUGCCACUGAUGCAAUUUUAGAUUAACUUAAUUUAGUACAUUUUUGUCUCUUUUAAACAGACAACAUGUCACAUACUGGCCAUAGAGAUUUAACUUUUUAUUUAAGUAGGGGAAACUUCAUACUCUACCUCCCUCAGUGCUCUCCAUCCUGUUCUUCCUGAGCGCUUACGGAUGUUGCCUCUGACAGCCAGAACAGUUGCAUGACGUGCAAAUUUGCCAAUGCAUGUAUAGACAAACACCCCCUCAUUAGCAUGCGCCCUCCCCUGCAUAUAUAACUUGUGCCAAAAGUGGAGUAAGUGUGUGUUGUGCUUGGACGCAGCCAUGCGUUUCUAUGCUGCUGAAGGGAGGAAUGCAAUUUCAGUGUUGUUCUGCUCUGGCAAAAAGCUUUGGCAGUGAUGGAUAGCACAGCACAUUCUUCCUCUCAAGCAGAUUCCCAUAGGCGAGCAGAUGGCUGGGCCCGGCACGCCCCCUGCAGGCGGCGGCGGGCUUGCUGCGUGAGCACAGCCAGGUUUUGUGCUGCCCCUCUAGGGCAGAUUACGCCCUCCUCAGCAGACCAUGCCAGCUUCUGGACAAUAACGACUGCCCAUGCACCAUUACUGAAUGCAAUAAGCACUCCUCCUACCCUCCAAAAGUAACGUUGCACUGAAAUGUUACAAUUGUGAAUGUGCCAAACUCAUGACUCAUGACUACUUUGAAAAUGUAUGUACAGGUGUACUGUUCUGUUUGCCAAAAGCAAGAUGAUUUAAAGUUUUGAAAGACUGUCAUCUGUACUGGGACAUAAUUUAUAAAUAUGAAGUUUAUCAACUUAAAUAACUAAUAUUAAAUUCCAAAGCACAGUAAUUCUUAGAUAACAAGCAGUUCAAGUUCACUAGGACAGGCUUUAAAGGACUGAGAUGAUUUUUAAAUUGUGCUUUGGGAUUUCAUAUUCAUCAAAGUUCUGUAAAGAUUGCAUUUAUUAUUAUUCAUUUACUGAGAGCACUGUUCAACACCCAAGCAUGUUCACAGCAAAUCUUCUUCAUAAGAAGACACACAUUUACACCUUUUAUUGUGUAACCACAUUCGAAAGCAAUUUAUUUUUUGUUAGCUUAACAUGGUAAAAGAUACACUGAAAUGAAGAUGAUUAUCUGUAGAUAGUAUUACCAGAAGAGGUUUUGUAAUUAUAAAGACAAACUAUUCAUAUAUUGUUAUGGUGCAGCUUGUUUAUUAGCACUCUAUGGAAAGAAAAAAUAACGUUUCAUAUGAUCCAGACGAAACAAACAGGCCCUUGUUUUUGUUCAGUGGCUAAUAUCAUUAUUUCUCGUUGGGUAAAUGCAGCUUAUAUCUUGGUGGAUGCUUCUGCACCUUCUUAAUUUUGCAGAGGAUACUGUUCAAAUAUUUCUGUACUGUUCUCUCAAUGUGCUUGUGCAAGUAGUUAUAUUUUUAUUAAUAAAAAUUGUUGUGAGCAGUAUGUUCUUAAAAA